GUGUCAGAAACUAGGCUUGCAGCACGUGAAGAAUAUAAUAGAAAUCGUCAGCCUUCUUUUACACACAGACAGAAUGUGGAAAGGUACAAGAAUUUUGUUCUGUUGCCGUUAUCAAAGAGGAGGUUUUGCCAGCAAUGCCAGCAAUUGCUAUUGCCAGCUGAAUGGGAAAAACACUUGGAUCACCAGUUCCUGUGUGAUGUCUCCACUGCCCAGUUAAAAAGUCCCACUCAACUUCUGUAUCCACUGGAGAAUAAAAAAACAAAUGCACAGUAUUUAUUUGCAGACAGAAGUUGCCAGUUUCUUCUGGAUCUUAUUAUUGAUUUGGGAUUCAGACGAGUGCUCUCUGUUGGAACACCCAGGCUUCAUGAAAUGAUCCAGUCAAAAGCAUCACAAGAAGAAGAUUUCAAGGUUAGAAGCCUUCUGCUAGAUAUUGAUUUCAGGUAUUCACAGUUUUACACAGAAGAUGAAUUCUGCCACUACAACAUGUUUAAUCAUUAUUUUUUUGGUGGAGAGGCUGCACGUGAAACUUGUAGGAAAUUCUUGUAUCAAGACAAUGGUGAAAGAGUCAUUAUGGUAACUGAUCCCCCAUUUGGAGGUUUAGUGGAAGCACUGGCUUCUAGUUUUAAAAAACUGAUGGCAAUGUGGAAGGAGGCAGACAAAGAAGGUCAUAACAACCAAGAGAUGCCCAUCUUCUGGAUCUUUCCAUACUUCUUUGAAUCUCGUAUUCUGGAAUUUUUCCCAAGCUUCAGUAUGAUGGAUUACCAGGUAGACUAUGAUAAUCAUGCACUUUAUAAACAUGGCAAGACAGGUCGUAGACAGUCCCCUGUCCGUAUCUUCACGAACCUCACCCCAAGUAUGAUUGUACUUCCUGUAGAAGAGGGUUAUAGGUUUUGCGCUAUAUGUCAGCGGUAUGUUAGUUCUGGUAACCAGCACUGUGAGAUAUGCAAUUCAUGUACGUCAAAAGAUGGUAGACGAUGGAAACAUUGUGUUCUUUGCAAAAAAUGUGUAAAACCCUCUUGGUUUCACUGUAACAAUUGCAACUGCUGCGCUCUUCAAAGCCACGCUUGUGAGAAGACUGAUGCUGGCUGUUUUGUCUGUGGCAAGGCAGGUCACAAACGCAGUACCUGUCCCAGUCUCUCCCACACCAGAACAGCUUGCCAAGGUGACAAAAAGCCAAGGCAGAAAACUCUGAAGACCAUAAAGAUGGGCAUCUGUAAAAGAUCAGCUAUGAAGCGUGCCAUAUUCUCUAGGAAGAAA